CUAUUACAAAGAUGCUGAAACUCGAGGAGGUGAUUUAUCAUCCGUCUUGAAAAUGCAGACAUGUUUACGCUAUCUCAGUGACCCUGAGUAUUAGAAAGGCAUCGGUCAAGAACUGGGUGUAAGUCAAGCUACAGUAUCUCAUACAGUAAUUGCCGUAAUUGACAGCAUAGUGGCGCAAUCAAAUUACUGGAUAAAGUUUCCGUCUACCAACAAUGCACUUAUGGAUGGCAAAGCACGUAUAGGUCUCCGACAACAAUUGGCGUAGUUGACUGUACCCACGUAGGAAUACUGAAACCAAAUCGCCAUUGUGAGUAUGUCAACCUUAAAAGGUCAUCCUUCACUGAAUGUGCAAGUCACUUGUGAUGCAAGGGAAAUGUUCCCUUAGUAUGGACGAUAGGUGUCCUGGAUUCAAGAAUAUGGAGAAAUUGACAAAUAAGGGAUCAUUUACAAAAUAAAAACAACGUCGUGAUACUUCCUGAUGAUGAAUAUUGUGGUGUUUAGGGGUUCUUUCUGUUAUCAAUAAAACUAGUCACGAACGAUAAUGAGUGUUGUAUUAAAAAUAUCACAGUUAAGAUUAUUGUCGGGCUUAAAUUACAGGGUACAUUGGAUGAGGCGCGUGGCUUGUCUUUGGGCUGUUGUCUAGUGGACUGGUUCUUCCAGUCGCUGUGUCAUGGAGCUUCAUACUUUGUUCCUUUCCGGAAGUAGACGGCGCUGAUAGGCGGUUGCUUAAUUGGUUGCUUAUACCUAUACGUAUAUAACAAAUAUGGUAUAGCGUGGCUCAUGCAUCCAUUCGGAAAUACCGCUCUAGGUGCUGAACUAAAUUAUACUUAAUGAACUUUUGAAAAUAGAGAGAAUGUGAUAAUUGAAAAAAAAGGAAAUGCCUAUACCCCUAAAUCUUUUUUCAACUCAAAACCUUAAGCCUACUUUUCAUGCAUCCGUUUUUCCGUCAAUCCGUUGAUCCGGAAGUAUUCCUAUUGGUCCAAUAUUGUGGCGCCAGAAUAUUGGACCAAUAGGAAUACUUCUGGAUCAAUGGAUUGACGGAAAAAACGGAUGCAUGAAAAGCAAGCAUACUUCAACUUUAUACUUACAAGGAUAUCUUUCAGUUUUAUCAAUACGGCCAGAUUGACAGAAGGCUGCGAUUACGGCGAUUAGCCGGCGUGACGUCACAAGUUCCUGCAUCGGUAAUUUAUCUUCAUAGAAGAAAGAUUUUCUCGGAAACUAUUUUGAUUUUGAACAUAGGACUGCGGUUUUCCACGAGAGAUCUUAGAUUCUUUUUUUUUGUUUAUUUAAGUAGUCACACCCCCUUUGAGAUUAUAGACACCUAUCAAAAAUUCCAAUUUUUUCACUAAAAUAAUGGAUUUGAGUAUUAGUUUUAGUCAAAAGAAACUUGUUCUUCUAUUUUAUCUAUACUUUUCAUCAAUCAAGUCAAAUAUUUUUUGCACUAUGGCAAUUUCGAAAAAUUAAUAGACUCAACAAAAAAUUUGUUAAUGCAUAUAUUUUGUAUUCUCUAAGAAGAAGCAUAACAGUUUUAAUUGAGAUCAAUAAGUGUAACAUCUCUUCCUAAUUAUAUGCUCCACGUAGCGAAAAUUUCACGUAAAUACAUCACGAAUCCCAUUUUCUAUAAGAAAAUUCCCCGAGGAGGUUUUUAAGCUUAAAGAAUAAGAAAAAAAUGGUUCAUGUGAUAUUUUUGCUAAUGUUUCUGAUUGAUGUCGUUAUCGGCGAUUGGAUUGAAGUUACUAAAGUUGGACAUUCAAAUACUAAGCAAUUGGUUGGCCCAAAAAGAUUAUUAACUGCCACUCCUCCAAGCUACAAAGUCACACUAGAUAGACCAACAAGCUUGUAUGAAAUUACAACUAUUAAGAAAUCUGCUCCCAUCAAACAAAAUGAAGGAGAAAAAUUGAUAUACAAUAAUAAUGAAACCAAAAAAAUAAAUCUGACCAACAGCAAAAUUACGCAUGAAUCAGAUGAAGAAGAGAUUUUAAUUGAAGAUGAAAAAAUAAAUGAACCAAAUUUCACACAAGAAACUAAAGAUGACAACAUUUCACUUGAAGAUGAUGAUGAUGAUGAUGAAAGUACAGAUGAAGAUAGCGAUGAGCAAAAUAACAAGAGAGUAUCAGUAAUCUCUAUCAUAAGGCAUGUGCAAACACAAUUAUUAGAUUUCAAAGGACGAACUUUACAAGCUAAAGUUGAGCAUUUGGAAAAACUUCGUGAUAAUAUGAUUUAUGAAAUAAAAUAUCAAAUAUCCAACAUGUUGAAUCCUCCCAAGGAAAAUCAAUCUGAAUCUCGCUUGUUCAAAGACGAAUCGGGCGAGUAUCACAUGGAAUAUCCAUCAAACGAAGGAGCUCUUAUGACUAUUGGACUUUUAACAUUUGCAGUGUUUUUAAUUAAAUUAGUUUUGAAAUUAAUCUAUAUCUUCAAAUUAAAACAACAAAAUUAUUACCCAAUUACGACAACAACGCCAGUAAGUAUAUUUUUACGUAAAACCAAGCGUGAAAUUGAGCAAGACGACAAAAUUGAAGAAUCCGUUAGAAUUUUGCGGUAUCUUGAAGAGUAUUCACCCUCUUAAUUUAUGCUCGUUUAAAUAGGAUAAGCUCCAAAAAUGUUUACCCAGCCUAUGAAUUCCGUAUUCUGUUAAUAUCUUGGUUAUUAGUCCAAUGAGCAAUUAAACAUUUUUUCAUAUAAUAAGAAGGAUUUGUUGGUUGGGAAAAAAAAGUCCAGAUUGUAAAGUCGUCCUCUACAAUAUACUGUCACAGAUCAAUAUCUCAGGGCAAUUAAACAAAUCGAUUAUGGAAAAUAAAUAAUUUUAUUAUAUGUCUCUUCUUUUGUCAUUAUAUUACAAGUUAAAAAAAUACUGUCUUUGUUAAGUACAUUUUAAACAUACAAAAUAUAUAGCUUAAGAACUAAUUCUUAUUUAUAAUAUGUACAAAUUGUGCUUUUUGCGUGUUUUUCAUAAUCCUAAAAGAAAAAUGAAAUAAAAUCAUCAAGUAAGUUCAAAAGUAAAAUGAUUCUUACCCAUCGUUUCCUGUUGAAUUUCCACUUUAUACGUCGGAUUAUCAUACGCUGACUGACUGAUUCUGGUUGAAGGCGGCGUAAUGGCUGCCUUAUUUUGAUUAUGCCUCCGUACCAAAAUCAGAAGCAAUAUAAGGGUGCUAAGGAUAGCGAUGGCUGCUAGGAUAGCUACGAUUACUAGUGGACCAUAAUAGUCUCCUCGUGGACUAUCUAUGAAUUCUGCUCUUGAGAUUUU